AUGCUUCUCUCCUCGGUUAGCCUCGCAUGCCUGAUCCAAGGGAUCCUGGCACAGACCACCAUCAUUACUGGUGAAAACAACAAGAACUGUCCUGGUGUACUCAACAAUCCCUCCGACAACAAAGCGUAUUGCUGCGUUGGUGGCAAACUUGACCUGAGCACAUGUCAAGGAUGGCCUAUCUGCACAGGCAGUUCUUGGGAACCCAAGUCAAUGAGCUGCUACACCACGAUUCCUGUCUCAGCAUCAGACUAUGACUCGCGGGUCAAGAGUGCAAGCUCGAGGUACCUGAACGGUGCGGAGGCAUCAGCUACUGACGAUUCGUCGUCCGCAACUUCAACUGGUGAUAGCGCCAAGGACACGGCUUCCAAGACAAGUACCGGGGGAAGCGCAGAACAGACGGCUUCGGAAACCAGUACUGCGGCGAGUUCUUCUCAGACGGGCAAUGACUCGAACAUGAAGACACCGGGUUCGGUCGGCGGGCUGUUGGGUGGUAUCAUGGUAGUUUGGAUGGUCCUGUGA